AUGGAGUUCAGCUGCUCAAUUGACGAAGUAAUCAAGAGAACCGAGGCAAAAUCAGAGACAAGAAAGCAGAAAAUUAAGGAAAAGAAGAGAUCAGACAAGGAUAAGCUUAUUUCCCAAGUUUCAGACCAAGAAGAGACAGAAAAUGCACAAAAUUCCCCCAAAAAAGGAAAAUUAAGAAGAGCAGACAGAGUAGUCAUAUUAGACAAGGCAUCAACCAACAAUAGAUCAGAUCUCCCAAAAAUAGAAGAAAAGGAACUAAAAGAAGUCCUUAAGAUUGUCGUUAAGAUUAUGAAUACAAUUCCAACAGAACCUGUUAAGCUAAAUAAAUUCCAGGAAGAUGGUGACCCACACAGCAGAGCACAAGGAGAGAACCACUUAAGAAAGAGAGACAGAACAGAACCCGCCGUAUUCAAGAAAGGCAAGAAGAUUGAGCCUAAUAAUAAAAGACAGAGAAGAAAGUAA